UUUGAGUUUUCCUCUCUUUUGAAAACCCAAUAUCCUUCUUCCUCUAUCUCUCCUUCCUUUUAGCUUUGCAAAACUUCAUCUCUGAAGAAUUUUUGUUCUUGAAUGGCUUCAAAGAGAAUAUCGAAAGAGCUCAAGGACUUGCAAAGAGAUCCACCAACGUCAUGCAGUGCAGGCCCUGUGGCUGAGGACAUGUUCCACUGGCAAGCAACUAUCAUCGGUCCAAACGACAGUCCCUAUGCGGGUGGUGUUUUCCUUGUGACUAUCCAUUUUCCUCCUGAUUAUCCUUUCAAACCACCAAAGGUUGCGUUUAGGACAAAGGUAUUCCAUCCAAACAUAAACAGCAAUGGCAAUAUUUGCUUGGACAUUCUCAAGGAACAAUGGAGUCCCGCACUUACCAUAUCCAAGGUUUUGCUAUCCAUAUGUUCACUGCUGACAGACCCAAACCCAGAUGACCCACUGGUUCCGGAGAUUGCUCACAUGUGCAAGGCUGACAAAAUCAAAUAUGAAUCAACUGCUCGAAGCUGGACCCAAAAGUAUGCCAUGGGCUAGGCCCAAUAGCUCCUCCUCUAUUUCUUGUCAUGUUACUUUUUUUUUUUUUUUUUUU